GUUGCCAUCCGUGACUUUUUGCUUUGAUUCUCUUGUUUGACAUGGAUUUAUGACCCCUUUUUUGUCCUGUCUCACCGGCUUUUAAUGCUAUAACCGAAACCAUACUCUCAUAGUUGAAUGAGGAAAGAUAAACUGGAGAAUGACAUCCUAUUCGUCUGGUACAAGGAGUGUAAGAGCACCUUUUGGUCGCUCAAAAGCCAAAAGUCAUGACAGUCAUUCCGGUCAGACUGGUGGCUCUGGUAAUAUCAUCAUAAACACUCACAGUGCACGACCAGAUUUUGGUGCCAAUAUCAGAGUGCGUCCGUCUAGUGCUGACGACAAUGAAAACUGUGCUUCGAGACAAAAUGGUACAGCAGGAAGCCACGACCAUGUUCUGCUGGCGCGGAGAGAGAAAGCGAACCGAUCAACAGGGUCGCUGACCCCUCGAUCAAGAGGCCGGCCAAAGGGAGAGAAUGAGCCGGACCCAUUCUUGUCCGUUGACAGUGUACCAGAAGGAAAAGCCACAGAAGUCAUGACACAGGCAUGGCCAGAACGACCAAAGAAGAGAAAGAUGGUUGCCGUCGAAAUGCUCCCUGAGACAACAAGGUCAGCUGACCGAAGAAGUCUCAAGUCUCCUGGGGCGAUGAAUAAAUCUACUCAGUCCCUGAACAGAUCUCGUGGCGCAUCACCAGAUCGUAACUUUCGCUCACCAAGUCCAACUCGACCCAUGUACGUUUCACCAAACAAAGAGAAGAAAACAAAUCAUCACAUUCGAGCACCGUUCAAACAUUCUGUCAACAAGCCACCUAUGGAGCCUGUGCACCCCGACCCCGCUGAAGAAAUGAAAGAACGCACAGCCCUUGCCACCUAUCAGCUUUCCAUGGUCAUUGGGCGAGAGAAUACUCCUGAGCAGAGGAAACCCACAGGUCAUCUCUGGAAGGGUCGGCUGCAGCCACUAUAUCCCGUCACAGUAGAGGGACCGUCGAUAUAUCAAUGUCAGGGCAUACAGCCAGAACCAAGGAGACCUUACAUUGUCGGGGUUCCAAGUCACACAGUCCAAAGACGACAACAGAUCAUGGCGACUUACCCUGAUCUUCCACCGUAUGGCGAACGGCCUCAGACGGUCGAGUCUGUCCAUAACACGUCACGAGCUUCCAGUAUGGCAGAGAACCAAGACCAAGAAUUGAUACUGCAAAUGCAAGGGGAGACACUCAUUGACCAGCCUCAAGAGACAUACUAUGGUGACCAGUAUGACCCUGACCAGAUGAUAGUCGAUGAUGAACUGGCAAUGGAUGAGGACAUAGAAAUAGCAGCAGUCACCGGCACUCCAAGCCAAGUACCGUUCGAUGCAUUCCGAGGGGAGCAAGGUAGAAACAACCGGCCAGGAAGUGGGGGUUCGGACAAGGAGAACUUGGACCAUAGCGAGGUUAUCACAGCAACACCCCCAAAGAUUACCCCUAUUGGUCCUGUCCGAUGUCUUAGGCAGGAUGAGCACCGACCACAGACUGCACCAGAAGAUGGGAGAAAGUCUGUACGAUUUGCUGAUCCACCUUCCUCCUACAACACGACAGAUAUUAAAAAUCGGUCAAAGUCGGCAGGGGUUGUGUUGGGAGGAGUGAGGGUGAGACAAGAAGUAGGUGUGUUGCCCUCAGUUCAAAGUCCUCGAGCCCAGACAUCAUUGUCAGGUGCAUCCAGUGCUUCAGGUCUCCACGCACCAAAAUCCCCUCCGCAGAGUAUCCAUGAUACAACACAGCUGCCAGCUGGUCCUAAUGUCAGGAGAGCUGAUAUAACGCAAUCUCAGAUGCAGUAUUCUCCAGUACCACCUCCUCCAAGGGUGCCAGGGUCAGAAGUCAAGGUCAGGACACCACGACUUGGUGCACCUGUGUCCCCCAUUCCACCAAUUGGAACCAAAGUGCCUUCUCCUCCGACAAGCCCAGUAGUUGAUAAGGAACCCCUGGAGCCAUCUGCUGUGACUGAAGAUGAAUUGGAUCCUGAGGUCUUGAUGUUGCAGAAGUGGGCCGAUGAUAGAGAGGCAGAUGAGGGAGAUGCAGAUGAGGGUGGUAAUGGCGGUACAGUUACGACGUUAGAAGUAGAAGUGCCAAGACUCCAUAGACGUUGUAUUGAUAAAGAAGAGCCUGAGGUGGAUGAAGAGGUGGAUGAGUACCGCACUCGGCAUGAUAUUCCUGCAGAUGAGUUUUUGAUAGAAACAGACAUUCCUGCAGACGAUAACAAGCAAGAAAAGUCAGAAGAUGUGGAGAUUGAGGGUGAGGAACCUGUGGCUUUGGUAUUGCAGGAGAUGCCACCCGAAAAGCGUUGCAUGGCGGCCAUGUAUGAAGAAGUAGCAGAGAUUGAUGAGGAGUUAGAAGAAUACUAUAAACAGGAAAAAGAAUUGACUUUGCCUCUAGAAGAUGCAGUUCCAGUGGAACCCGUACCUCUGGAACCUAUUAUAUCUGUUGAUGGCCAAGUUCAGGCUGAGGCUGAUAGCAAUGAAGUUGAGGCUGUGAUGGGCCCUGAAGAACCAGCUGCUGUCGAAGAGGACCCUGCUGAUGAAGCAGCGACAACUUCUGAGGAACAGGUGGUUGAAGAGAUACAGGCUCCUGCUGACGAGGCUGAUCGUGGUGGCGUUGAGGCAGUCUUGGGAGGACAUGCAGCAGCUGAAGAGGAGCAAAUACCCACCGACCAAGGUCCUGGUUUCGAACAGGUAGAGAAGCAGAAUCAAACAGAUGAUGCAGAAGUUAAUAAUGUGGAUGCAGUGGUCAAAGAAGAGGAUGCUGAAUUUGAUACCACUGAAGUCGAGGCGCUUUUAGAAAGGCUGGAAGGUCCUGGUGGCGAACCCGAACCAGUCUCUGAAGAAGCUGCGGAAGUCGAAGAAUCGGUCAUCAUAGCAGAGGAGGCCACUCUCCUCAUAGGUGAGAGAUCUGUUGAGGAAGUAUAUGCUGAACAAGAGGCACAAUCUGUUGCACCUGACGUGGGAGAUGAGCCCACACCUGUUGAGCAGAUGACAGAAGACGAUGCUGAGCAGAUGUCAGGUGAUAGUGCUGAAGCUGAACCAGAAGAGGCAAUACCUGAAGUAGCUCCUGUAGGAGAGAAGCCAGCAGAGAAAGAACUCUCUGAAGGUCCUGAAGUAACAGAGUCACCUAUUGUUGCAGAAGAAGCACAGAUGUUGGGUAUUCGUGCCAAGAUAACAGAUGAACCAGAAUCGGUUGAUGGUUCAUCUGUUGGGGGGCCUGUUAUUGAAAAAGUUGGCAAGGAAGCUGAAACAGACCCUACACAGGAACAGGGAGAUGUUACUAUACCUGCUGAAGAUGCGGUAGAAAAAGAAACUGCUCCAGCAGAGAAAGACACAAGGGAUAAUGAUGUUGAAGAAAGUACUGAACAAGAAGACGUUGAAAAAGCAGAUGAUGCUGAAGCUGAAGUUGUGGUGACCAAGGAAGAGACUACAGAUAUCCCUGGAGAACAUGCUGAUGAUAUUGUAAAAGAGGAUGCUGGACCUGAAGCUCAGGCAACAGUUGAGGAAGAGGCACCUGUGGUUGAAGAACAAAGUCAGGUUGUUACGACAGAGGUUGUUGAUGCUGCACUAGCUGCGAGUGAUGCAGAGGCACCAGCAGACGAUGGAGCCAUUGAAGUCGGCCCAGAGGAAGCUGAGACUAAAAAUAGUGAUGAUGCAGCUCUAGCAGAAGAUGAGGUUGCUGCUGGAGUGAAAGUGGCAGUUCCUGAAGAGAGUGAAGACGUACUUGCAACAGAAGUGGAGGAAUCUGACGAGAAUGAGCCAGAUGUAGUAGCAGAUCAAAUCGAGGCUACUGAUGGGGAAGUUCAGGAUACUGUAGAGAAUGAGGCAGAGGCAGUGGUGGAACAAGAGGAGGCUACUGACAGGGAAGUUCAGGAUACAGUAGAGAGUGAAGCAGAGGCAGUGGUGGAACAAGAGGAGGCUACUGACAGGGAAGUUCCGGAUACUCUAGAAGGUCAAAAAGGAAAAGCUUCCCCUGAAGAUGAACCAGAUGUGAUUCCCAGUGAAAAUGCUGAUGAGGCAGAUGAGGAAGAAUCAAAUGAUGCUGCAUUCACUGAAGAGCUAGUUCUUGCAGAAGAGACUCAUGAGGAAGCUGUGGGUGUGCCUGCAGAUGCUGAGCCUGUAGAAACUGGGCAAGAAGAAGUUGUCCCGGAGGGGAAACCAGAGGAGCCAGAAACUAUUGAAACUAUUGAUGAUGCUGGCUCAGAGAAAGAUGAUGCAGAGCAAUCUGCUGAAGAAGCAACAGAGGAAGCUGAAGAACAGGCCGAGGAUCCUGGUGAGGAUACAGUUGAUUCAGUUCCAGACAGACUCCCAGUGCAGGCGGAGGGUGGGGCAGUGACUUUUGGAGCAUCUGAUGAAAACAUGGGGGUUGAAGUUGAAGAUGUUGUAGAUGGAGGAGAAGUGAUCACUGAAGGAGAUGCUGCCUCAAGGAGUAGUAGUCUGUCAUCUACAGGGAAGGAAGUGGAAGCACUGCUAACUAGGCAAGAUUCUGACACUGGUAGCAUUGCCAAGACUGAGACUGAUGUUACCAUCGAGAUGGAUGUUGACAGUGUCACUGAAACCGAGUCCCAGGCAUCGAAGGCUGAGGAUGACGAGGAGGAGGAGGAGGAGGGGAAAAAGGGGACUGUUGAGGAACCUGAUGAUGCUGAAGAGAAGGAAGAUAAUGCUAAGGAUGAUGAUGCAGCUGCUGAUGAUGAUGAUGAUGGUGAUGCUGCUGAUGGUGAUGAUGCUGCCGAUGGUGGUGAUGCUGAUAAUGGUGAUGGUGAGAGAGAUUCAGACAAUGCUGGUGAUGCUGAUGAUACAGGCAAUGCUGAUGAUGGUGCAGAAAAUGGUAACCAAGGCAAUGAAGAUGAAGGUCAAGAUCAAAAUGAAGAUGACAAUCAAAAUCAUGGGGCAGAUGAUGGUGAAAAUGAAGAUGAUGAGAAUGAAGAGGUCCAAGAAUCGGGAGAAGGGGAAGAAGCAUGUCAGGGCUCAAAUUGUGGUACUCCUGAGCCUGCUGAUAUCAACAAUGAAUCUAGUCAGGGUCCAUGUGUGGAUGGUCAUGGGUGUGGGACUCCAGAACCUACCUUAGAGGCAGAGACAGCCAAAGCUACAGGGACAAUAUGUGUAGAUGGGCACGGAUGUGAAACUCCCGAACCUACUGAAGAAGCAGAGACUGCAAAAGCGGUAGGGCCAAUAUGUGUAGAUGGGCACGGAUGUGGAACUCCCGAACCUACUGAAGAAGCAGAGACUGCCAAAGCGGUAGGGCCAAUAUGUGUAGAUGGGCACGGAUGUGGAACUCCCGAACCUACUGAAGAAGCAGAGACUGCCAAAGCGGUAGGGCCAAUAUGUGUAGAUGGGCACGGAUGUGGAACUCCAGAACCUACUGAAGAGGCAGAUGCAGCACCUGCUACAGGACCCGAGAAAGCAAACCACGGUCAUGAUUGUGUAGAUGGCAAUGGUUGUGGGACUCCAGAACCAGUACAGGAAGCUCAGGCUGAGAGUAGUCAAGUAAAUGGUGAGGAGUUGAGCAUCACAUUACCUGAAGAAGAGUCAGUAGUGCAGGUGGAACACGAGGCAUCUGGAGAAAGAGUUGUCCCCAAGAAACCAAAGGGACCUAAAAUCCAGAGACCUUACUCUGGGAAGGGUCAGAGUAGUGCCAAGAAUGGAGAGGAAGCAAAACGUUAUAAGAAGUACCAGAGCUGUCGUCUUGCCUACUCGGGAAAUCCUGAGGAUGAAGAUGAGAGGCAAGGAAGAGAUUCGAGUCCUGAACGAUCCUUGUCAAAGGCUAAUGUACAUAAAAGGGUUAAGAAGGGGAGACCAAAGUCAGCAUUUUCAGGGUCUACAGGAAAGUCUGCCCCCGACUCAUCUGUGUUGAGGAUUGGUAACAAAGUGGUGCCAAGUACUGAUGCAGAGAAAAAGAGGAUUCUGAGACGGCCUCGGUCCGCGGCUGGUCCAGCAUUUUCAUCAUCAAAAGCAUCAAAGGAAAAGGAAGAGCUCAUUCAACUGAGGAUCGGUAAAUUUUCAGGCGAUGAAGAGAUUCGUAAGAGUCGUCCGAUGUCUGUUUCAGGGCGUCCUAUUUCUGCUUCAGUUAGUGCGAGUAUGGACAAGCCUGCCUGGGGAGGUAGGCCACAAUCUGGAACCAGACAGCUAUUGGUUUUAGCGCCAAAAAUGAAAGAGAUUAUUAGUGCACCAAAGAAGAAGUUAAAGUUCAAGAUUAGAGGAGAGAAGAUGGAGUCUGCCUCUGGUGUCAGUCUGAACACCCUUGCAUGCAGCUAUUGUGGGUCAAAAGGCAGACGGAUCAUGGAUUACGCUGGCGAUACUGGAUUCUGUGUUUGUAGUGUCUGCUACAAGAAAAUGAAUGAACAAGCAGACGAUAAUGAGGAUGAAAGGAUUGGAAAUCCAACAGCUGAAACCAAUGCCAAUUUAGACAGAUUUUUCAAAAGUUUGGAUGAAAAUGAUGCACAGGUUAUUGAAGAGGAAAUACAUGCUGUAGCAGACGUGCAGGAUGAAGUGGAACCUGCAGUCGAUGCGGAUGACGAUGCAGAAGUUGCAGAGAUACUUGAGACGUGUGUAGAAACUGAAGAAGCAGAUGAGGAGGUGAACAGAAUCUGUAGCGCCAGGGAGGAUAUGCGGGAACAGCCUGCAGAGGAAAAUACUCAGUUAGAAGCAGAUGUUUUGGAGAGUGGAAGAAGUGCCAAAGUUUGCGUAAUGUGCGGCCUUGAAGACUCUUGCUGUAUCUGUGGUCCAGAUACCAAGUUUGUACCAGACUCCAGCCUAUUAGAAAAGAUCUCGUAUUCCAAAUUAGAGAACGUCCGGGAUGGGAUUAAGCAAUCUCGAAUAGCUGAGGAGUUGAAGCGGCUUGAAGAUUUAUACGGGGUGUACAGCGAUGACUCAGAAACUGACGGAGAAGAUGAGGAGAUAGGGGGCGCUCAAGUUCCAGUAGAGUCGUCGGCAUCUGACCCUGAUGACCGUGAGGAGUUGCAGGCAUACAAGGAACAGUGUGAAAGUGCAAAUCUCGGAAAGAUGAGUGGAACCUUAACAGAGGAGAAGCUUGCCAAAAAGCCACCGAGGAUUCGUCCAGGAUCAGCCCAGCGGCGUUCGUCCAUCCAAAAUGGAAAGGUUGUCUUAUUGGAGCAUACAAUCUCGCAUCAGGAUGAAGACGACACCGCUGAUUCGAUUGAGCCAACUGCCAACCAGCAGACGGAAGAAAAUGCCAAACUAGAAGUUGUUGCCAAUACCAAGACAAUAUUAAAACCAAGAAGUGAACCUGAAGACUCCACACCGGUGGCCCCAUACCCUCCACUCUGCUUCAAGAUCAACGCCAGGCCUCCUCAAGGGUAUCUUUACUAUUUCGCCUACGGAACCGAUAUGAAUGCCGAGAGGUUACAGAUUUAUCUCGGCCGUGACAUGACAGAUAGGUUCUGGGGAUUACUCUACGGAUUCAAACUUGUCUUCAACAAAAGAGGUUCGGAUGUAGAAGCAGGAGGUUUUGCUAACAUCGAGUUCAACCCGUACUCAUCAGUGGAGGGCUGCCUCUUCCUUAUCACACCAGCAGAGCUGGCCAUAUUGGACAAGUAUGUCGGAUACCCAGAGCAUUAUGAACAUGCUAUGUUCCCCACCUGGCUCUUGAACUGUACCGAGCCUGAUCUGUAUGGUGUGGCACAGUACUGUGUCCCAGCAUUGACCUAUAUCGCCCAGGACAAGUGGACACAAAAACCAACUGAUCCUGCACUUUCGACAGAGUACAACAUCAAGGAAUGCCUGAAGAAUGCCGAUCUCCUGACCCCUGCGUAUAAACACAAUCUGAAUACACAACUGGAGGCCGCGCAGGAGCAAAGCAUUCUCCAAUAAAUCUUGAGAGACAAAUGAGAUUAUAUGCAGGGAGGAAACCUUGUGGUUUGUGUACCUCUUGUGCUGCCCGUCUUGCCUUCAGAUAUUGCUGGAAAUUUGUCCGUGAAUUUCGCUCUUUUUAAAGGCAUGAAUAUUGCUACUUAAGCCUCCUAAAGAGUAACAUGUGUCAGUCAGAAUGCAUACACAGGUAAAAUACUUUUAAGGUCGACGAAGAGAAUUUAUAAAUAUGCACGUUGCCCAAUUUGCCAUUAGUUAAAUGAUGCAUUCCAAUUUUGUUAAAGCUUGUUGAGUUAGAGCACCGUCAACCCAUAUAACUCUGUGAUAGUAUCAUCUAUUUAUGUUUAUAGAUAAUAUAUUUGUUAAUUGAAGAUGCAACUUUAAUUAAUCAUGUGAACUAUAAAAUGUCAGCCUGCUGGUUCAGGUCCGUGUUUAUUUCUUUCUACCUGUGGCCCAACAACAUACAAUGAACACAAACCGCCUUUAAGCUAUUAUAAUACUCAAGCACUUGGUGUCUUUAAUUAACUCGUGUACUGUUGUCACUGAUAAUCCGUCCAAAUGUAUAAAAUAUUGAGUACUGAGAACUCUAGGUACCAGUUUUGUAAAAUUCUAAAAAUAUUUCUAACCUUUGCGAAAUAUAAUCACAUGAACUGUCGUAUUUGGAGAUGCUUCCAAUAGAUUAUUCCGAGGAGGUAAUGGAGGAACAGUGUAGGGUCAAACACAGAGGUGGGUCUCAGCUGGGGGAUCAUUUCAUGAUGUCAGACAGGGGCAAACUGACAGCCCAAUUAGUCACCCAGGUCAAAUCACUGGUGACGAAACAUGGUGGUCAGUCUGGCAAUCCUCUAUUAGCUAUGUGUUAUUAUAGUUUGUGUCUACAAUGUUUAUUGUUUCUUCCAAUUUAAUGAGGCUUGUUGACUAACCAAAGUUUAAAAUAGUCUAUUUUCUUAUUAAGCAUAAUUAUAUUAUUUAUGUCUUUAAAUUCUUGGUGUUCAAGUACGAACUUAAGUAUAUCGCUUUCUUUAGUAAACUAAAGUCUAUUGUGCUGUGUAAAUAAGUGUCCUGUGUGAGACCUCUUUGUGUGAAAGUAACAAUUUUAGUCUUGAAAUGGGCAGAGCAAUAUGCGAACUCCAUCAGGAGCAGUUAAGACUUCAAAUGCACAGCAGCAGCAUUGUAAAUCAUCACAGACUUGUACCACCAUCACAGCGUCACCUGAUUGAUUUUACAGUAUAUACAUAUAGUAAAAGUUUCAGCCACAAUGGGUUGAGAUUGUCAAUGCCAUGUCCAAUAUUAUAGUUCUUAUUUGUAAUAUAACUUUGAUUUCUAACACUGUAUAAUAUAUGUGUUUUAUGUUUUAAAUACUGAUGCUUUUCUAGUCACUUUUAGCUGUGUUUCCCAAGUAGUUGAACUGCUUUGCGUGCUGCAAACAUCGUUAUUACUAAAAUCCCAUAACUCCAUCAAAAAAUUGCUGUAAAAUCUAUUCUGCUUUUGCAUAGUUUUGCAUCUUAGUUGUUAAUUCAUGUUACACACAUCCUUCUCAACCCAGUGAACUGCUGUUGUUUGAUACUACUAACUUUUGAUAAUAUUAUUGGAAUGAAUAAACUCCUCUUUGAAUAAA